AUGGCCGAGUUGUAUGCGGAGGUAGCGGACGAGGAGCAGCGACUGGCUCGUGGGCCAUCGCAGCGUCAAUAUUGGGACCGCAAGACGUUCUCAUCCUUUGCUGAACAACAACGUGCCAUGGAUCGUUCUACUACUUUGUACGUGGGAAACUUGUCCUUUUUCACGUCCGAGUCGCAGAUAUACGAGUUGUUUAGCCGUGUGGGCCACGUCCAGCGCGUCAUCAUGGGACUUGACCGCUUUAAGAAAACCCCAUGUGGAUUUUGUUUUGUCGAGUACAGUAUGCACCCUGAAGCCGAAGCAUGUGCACAGUUUCUAAGUGAAACGAAACUGGACAAUCGUGUCGUACGCUGCGAGAUGGACGGAGGUUUUCGAGAGGGUCGCCAAUUUGGUCGUGGCUUAUCAGGAGGUCAAGUGAGAGAUGACAGACGCUCAAAGGAUGACUAUGAUGCUGGAAGAGGAGGUUAUGGACGCGGAGACGAUGCUACAGCUGAUGGACACCACUUUCGUCGCUCGACGCAGGUGAAGAGACCACGGGACGAGAGUCUGGCAGCAAAUGAACCACCGAUUCAUCGUCUGAGACGUUCAGUAUCUCCGAGAGAAGAGAAUAAGGAGGAAGAGAACCCGAGGUUCCGUCAUCGUGAAGAUGACGUAGACAGAGACGAGGAGGUGGUUGAGGAGAAACAGGAGACGGAAGUUGUGGAGAAGCUAGAAGAGACGAUGGAAGCUUAA